CGCGCUGACCGCCCCCUCCCCCCACAGGUCCAUGCUGGGCAGAGUCGCGGCGCAGGCGUUCGGCUUCGACCAGACGUUCCAGGCUUACCGCAAGGACGAAUUCGUCAUGGCUUUCUUCAAAGACCCAAAUGUCAUUCCCAAUUUGCAGUUACUUUCAGAUUCUUCUGGACAGUGGACCACUUUAGGAACUGAAGUGAAAAAAAUUGAAGCUAUAAAUGUUCCUUGUACACAGCUUUCAAUGUCAUUUUUUAACCGGUUGUAUGAUGAAGAUAUUGUACGAGACAAUGGACAUAUUGUUAAAUGCUUAGAUUCUUUUUGUGAUCCCUUUCCUAUUUCUGAUGAGUUACGAAAAAUGUUGCUCGUGGAAGACUCCGAAAAGUAUGAAGUAUUCAGCCAACCUGAUAGAGAAGAGUUUCUGUUCUGUCUUUUCAAACAUCUUUGCCUCGGUGGAGCCCUUUGUCAGUAUGAAGAUGUGCUUCACCCAUACCUGGAAACCACGAAGCUCCUCUAUAAAGAUCUAGUGAGUGUUCGAAAGAAUCCUCAGACCAAGAAAAUACAAAUUACUUCUUCUGUCUUUAAAGUCACAGCAUAUGAUGGCGCUGGUGUGUGCUACCCUUCGACGAAGAGUCACGAACAGACAUUUUCUUAUUUCAUUGUGGAUCCAAUCAAGCGUCAUGUUCAUGUUUUAUACCACUCUUAUGGUGUGGGGGAAAUGUCUUAACAGGUUCUUUCAGAUUAUCUAUUUUGAUAUUGUUUUAUUUACCAAUUUUUAAUUUUAAUGCCAAUUUAUAGGUAAACAUUUACUUUGCAAGUCAAUUCAAGUAAAAUAUAGAGAACCUACUUGGAGCAGAAGGAGACAAGUACCAAGAUGCCUUUCUUUAAAUGUAUCUGGAAUAGUAACGUGAGGACCAAAUUCCAUCCCGAACACAAUCUACACCAGUACAGUCUUGGAAUUUUUGCACAAAGUUACAAAGAACUAAAAAUCCAGUUCAUAUUUGUUGCAUUAAGAUUUAAGUAAGCCCUCGGUUUUCCAUGUGUUUUAUUUUAGAAGCUAAUUAAUUCUGGGUUGAAAUUGUGGCAGAAAACUGAACAUCACUCUAUUGAUCAUUAAUAUGAACUGUUCGCUUUUCAAAUUUGAGUUUCAUUUCAUUACAUUUCUUCAUUGCAUAAAGAUUUACGUUUCUAGGGCUGUAAAGUGCAUAACAAUUCCUUUGCUUCAUUUGUUCCACUUAAAAUCCUCAAUAAAACAGUAAUGUUCUG